AUGUCUCCGUUUGCGUUGUUCCCAUCUCGCCUCCACGCCCGAGUAUCAUUUGCGAGUCCGGCGAUUAACAAUGACAGAUCGCCAUUUCUUAGAGACCAUGGCUUGUCCGAUGAGACCGCACAAAGAGCUGGCAAUGUGACCGAAAUCGAAGGCUGGGACAAUGCCAUUGUCUCGCUCCGACACAAUGCUGGGCAACAUGAAGCUUCGACACUCGCUUCUGCUCGACACAUCGUACUUUUGGCACAUCCGUGGGUCUAUGUCUGCAGGUUCCUCUCAUCGAAGGGUUUUCUUUCAUCGUCCUCGAUCUUCGAGCAUACAGUUCCCCGUUCGACUCCAAAGGUUCUGUCCAAAGGUCAAUCUCAGUCUGCAACCAUUUCAAUCCUCGGCAUAGCACUCAGGAACAAGGGCUAUGGCCCCAUCAAGAAAGAAGAACGUCAGCAUGGAGCACCGCACUCGUUCGAGGAGCCCUAUGACCCGACCACAGCCGAUCCGCACUCGCGAGGAGCUAUCAAGUCGAGAAACACGUCGCUCAAGCUCUUCUUCAAUCCUCACCCAGCUCCAGAGACUCGACAUCGUGGUUAUGCGAGCUCUCGGCGUGUUACAUCCUUGCAACCUAACGUCGUCAACGGAGUACCGGCAAUGCGAGGCCAAGAGACGUUCGGACCCGAGAUUUUGGACGACGGAGAGGCAGCGCGGGAGCAGGAUGGGAAUUUACAAAGUUCUGUUGCGGGCGGUGAUGAGAAAGACGUCCAAGAGAAACCAAUAGAACAGCGCACUUUGAUCAUCACUCUCAAAGUAGCGGCUCCAGAAGUGAGGAAUAAUGCGCAGAGAUUAGUGGCUCUAGCAGAUCUUUCUAAGGAGCAACAAGCAGUUGGGGAAUCCGAUGGAGCGGCACUGGAGGAGUACACCAUGAUGGACGAGGGAAUCUCCGAUUUGAGUCCUGGUGAUCCAAUCACAAGUAGGCGCACGUUGGACUUUGUCGAAGAUUUGUUAACCCCUCUGCAGACGAUUCCCUUGGAGAUCGACUACGAGACUAUCGCAAAUGCGUGGGAUUCCAGAAGAGUGCAACAGCAGCCUGAAGAGUCACCAACAACGACCUCGCCAGGAUUGCAGGAUGUGUUCGACGAGUGGCUGGUCCCUAAGACACCAGAGCAAGCUUCCGAGACGCUACCGUGGGAUAUACAGAGCUUGGGUCAUUCCUUGAAUGACCUGAGUCGGGAAGAUGGGGACCGCGAACUGCCGUCAAAUAUGAUGCGUCCACCUCCGGACUCCUACAAGCGGCAGUUCCAGGCGACGAUUGAAGACGGAAAUGAUUUCGAGGCAAUCUUUGGACUCUCUGGCAAGGACUGA